AUUCUACUGCCAAUAUUUGUCUAUGGAGAUUGCAUGGCUGUGUGCUCGAUUUCAUUCGCCUGUCAGUAACGAGUUUGGCUGAAAUAAUAAAAUCCACUAAUUUGAAGGGGUGUCCACAUACUUUUCAUGCGGUGUAUGUAUGUCUAAGGGUAAAACCAUUUUGCUCGGAUUUGACUGUUUUAUCUUCCAUGGCCGUGCCCUGAGACAGCGACUCCGGUUUGUCCAGUUGCGCAAUCACCAGAUAAACAAACUGAAUCCACUGUGAAGCUGAUAAGGGUGUGUUUAUAUUUUCACAGGAGCUCUCCAAUGAGUACAAAUUAGCUUGCCUACACUCUUGAAAGCAAAGGUGUUUUCACACAGGAGAGACAAGGAUGUAUACCUUUUUGCUUGUUGGUUUGGUAGUUGGUAUUGCAUAUAUUUAUCACAGUGUUGUGGUUAAAGGAAAGAGAUGCAAAAGUAAAGCAAAACUGCAUGGGAAAACUGUCAUCGUAACUGGAAGUAACACAGGCAUAGGGAAGAUGACAGCGCUAGAUCUGGCCAGAAGAGGUGCCAGAGUCAUCCUGGCCUGCCGCAGCAAACAGAGAGCUGAGGCCGCGCUCGCUGACAUCAAGAGGGAGAGCGGGAGUAAUGAGGUGGUGUUCAUGCAGCUGGAUCUGGGGAGUCUGAAGUCUGUUCGCGCCUUUGCUGAAACCUUCCUAAAGACUGAGCCCAGACUCGACCUGCUCAUCAACAAUGCAGGUAUUUACAUGCCAGGCACCACAGAGGACGGCUUGGGGAUGAUGUUUGGUGUCAACCACAUCGGUCCCUUCCUGUUGACCAACCUGCUGUUAGACCGUAUGAAGGAGUGUGGUCCGAGUCGAGUGGUCAACGUGUCAUCCAUCGGUCAUAACUUUGGCACCAUCGACUUCAACUGUUUGAGCACUCACAAGGAGUUAGGAGUUGGAAAUUCUGCCACAGAUGUUUUCAACAUCUACACCAACAGCAAGCUGUGUAAUGUUCUCUUCACCCAUGAGCUGGCCAAGAGACUGCAGGGCACAAAUGUUUCCUGCUACACCCUUCACCCAGGAGCCAUCAACUCUGAACUGUUUCGCGACGUCAACAAGGUGUUCAUGAUUCUGAUGAAGCCUUUCCUCAUGUUCUUCUUCAAGGACACUGUUGCGGGGUCUCAGACCACCCUACACUGUGCCCUGCAGGAGGGCCUGGAGCCCCUCUCUGGAUGCUACUUUUCUAACUGUUCAGUCAGGAGCCUCUAUGCUAAGGCCAGAGACAACGCGGUGGCCAAGAAGCUAUGGGAAGUCAGUGAGAGUCUGAGUGGCCUAUCCUCUUAAGAAAAUCACUCUGAAUCUCCAGUUUUAACUGGACUUCAACCUACUAACCAAUAUGCUGUGUUCUUUCAAAACAAAACUGUAAUUCUUUCAGUUUUGCUUUAUAAAAUGUACAUGAAUAGAAGUAUAUGGAUGAAGUGCUUGCUUUUUCUUACCUAACAUUGAUUUAUGGGACAUUUAAUUAGAGACGUUUUUAUUUAUAUUUCUUACAAAACAGUAAAUAAACCUAAACUGUUAAGAA